ACUGAAAUAGCUGUCAUGAUCGAUACAGGGGAAUUUGGUUUGUAUUUAUAAUUUCUGUCCUGGAUUAUGUUAGGUUGAUUAUGUGUGUGUUAUCAUUGCUUCAAGAAGAUUGUGUUAAUAGUCAAAAAAUCGUGAGCAUAGUACAAUGAUAUCUGCACUGUAUGGGUAGGAGAAUUUAUAGAAGGAAUGAGGGUUCUAGAUAUCAUUAAAAGGCCAUUACAGAUUCUUUUUGACAAUACUGCUACAGUUUUCUAUUCUAAGAACAACAAGAGGUCUUCAGGAACCAAGCACAUGAAUAUCAAGCACAGAUUGGUCAGGGAAAAGGUGAAUACACACCUCAUGCCCCGCCCAAUAUUACUUACUAGGCAUGGAGAGAGUAAGGAUAAUGUUAGAGGCAGAAUUGGAGAAGACAAUCCUUUGAGUUUCAUUUCAGUCUAUUAUACAAUUUGGUUUUGCCUCAUUAUAAGACCUAUUCCUUUGAAGGAAGAAGUGACAACCCUAAGGGGUCAGCUUGCGGUCCAUGGCGAGCAGGUUGAGGAGAUGAAGGCCUAUGUCGGGCACAUGAGAGAUCUUGUACGAGCCAUACAGAUGUCCGACCUCCAAAUCUCGCUACCAAUACCUAAUCUUGCUACAUCUUCAACCUUCGAGCCAUUUCACUCUGCCAAUACCCAGUAGCCAUUCCACUUAGACAAUUACUUGUAGUUUUUUCUUUUUUUGUUCAGACAUCUUGUAUGUAUAUUUUCAUAUAUUUUAUAAUUAAAUAAUUUUCUUU